AUGGAAGGAGAUACGCGGAUUGAGGAAAUUGCAGAAAAGCAAAAGUUUGUACUACAAUAUGUAAUGAAUCGAACGUUUGGUGUAGAUGAGGAUGUAGUGCAAGUACUGAUUCAAGAUUUAUUUGGUGAAUCCGGGUCGCUGAGCCAAACAAUGAAUGAAAUCAACAAAAACAUCCACGACUACGACUUUAAACUCCAGAGGAUUCAGGACCAGCUUGAUGGCCGGCCAACAUGGCAUUUCCAAAACGUGUCCGGGGAUCCUGUUUCGCAAAUGGCCACGCCGUACUCAACGAGCCAAAUUGAGUUGAUGCGAAGAAUCAUCGACUGGAUUAUGCAAGCGGAAGAGUAUCAGUACUCGAUUAGUACGCUGCAGAUACACAAACAUGCUCGCCGGGACAUGUCACUGGCACCAUCCGUGGUGGAAACAUACCUGAGCGCGUUUGAACGAGAUGGUUGGUUGAACCAUCGCGAAGGGAUUUGGACAUUUACAAACCAUGCACUGGCAGACAUGGAGGCAUACCUACACAAUGAGUAUGAAAGCAGCUUGUACGAAUGCAAUGCUUGUCGGGGGAUUGUCACAGCGGGUUACGUUUGCGAAUGUGGAUACUGUUUGCAUGUGUAUUGCUGCAAACAUUUGGCUUACGAGUCAUGUCCUAAUUGCAACACAAGUUGGACAGAAGCUACAAGGAUUGGAAGAUGGUAG